GCAGAUGUGGUGCUGGGUGACGUGGUUCAGGGGUGGACUCGGCAGUGUGCUGAGUUAAUGGUUGGGCUUGAUGAUCUUCACGGUCUUCCAGCCAAAGCAAUCCUAUGGUACUGUGAUCUACAGCCACCUAUGUUACAUUAUGCGAUGAUCAACUAAAUGCAUUGAGAGAGCACUCUGCAGGAACACUGGCUGGUCUGGACUGCACUGCAGGCAGGGUAACACUGGGAAUCCUAAUCACAAGGGAAUCUGGAACAAUCUUUUUUGAAAAAAACCCAAACAAACAAUAGAAACUCAAAAGGCCUUUAAGCAUGUUGGUGCAAGAAGGUAGUGCAGCCCUUUCCUGCUGGAAGUCUGUAGGUGAACAGCAGUGGGACCCAAGCAUUCCCACUCCCAAUUCCUAGCCCAUGUCUGCUGGGUGAAUACUGUUUCUUUACCUUAAACAGAAUUAAAAGGGUUUUUUUUACUAAAUGUGAGUCCAAGUAUAUUGUAGAGAAAUAGGGAGCUCUAGUCACCUGGGCUUUGAAGAGUUCAGAGAAAGAAGUCGCAGUUUCGCAAUUGCAUUUUAAGAUGUGCUGUGUGUGAUGGCCCUUUUCUCCUUUCAUCAGGUGAAAUUAUAAAUCUGAAAAUAGGUAUGCCUUCAGAAGAGACACUGAGAUAGCCACAUCAGCAAAUCCUUUGUUUUGAUGAAUUGCAGCCGUCCUGUAAUAUUUAAGUAUUUAAACAUGAAAAUACAUAACAAGAACUGGGGAGCUAUUUUAUUUCAGUAGGUAUCAGAGAAAACUGAUUUGUGAAGUUGAAACCAUUAUAUCCAACAAUUUGGUUGCUAGGCUAGGAGAAAGCCUGCAUGGUCUUUGGAAGUCAAGCAUUCAGAAUGGCUUCUCCAGCUCUACUCAUGCGUGUGGUCGCCUCUGCCUAUUCUGUUGCGGAAAAAGCUGCAACAAUUGUGAGAAGUGUAAUGGCUGGAGGAGACCUGGGCAUAGUGGAGAAGACUGGAGCCAAUGACUUGCAGACCAAAGCUGACCGGCUGGUACAAAUGAGCAUUUGUGCUUCCCUGGCACGGAAGUUUCCCAAGGUGACCAUCAUAGGAGAAGAAGAACUGUCCACUGAUGAGGUGACUGAGGAAUUAAUUGAAGAUGGUCACUGUGAAGAAAUACUGAAGAACACCUGUCCUGCUCAGUACACAGGAAUUAAAGAGGAAGAGCUUGUAAUAUGGGUUGAUCCCUUGGAUGGAACCAAAGAGUACACUGAAGGUCUGCUUGACCACGUAACAGUUCUUAUUGGAAUUGCAUAUGGAGGGAAAGCAAUAGCAGGAGUUAUCAACCAGCCAUAUUACAACUACGAGGCAGAAGCUGGUGCUGUGUUGGGCAGGACAAUAUGGGGAGUCCUGGGCUUAGGUGCCUUUGGAUUUCAGCUCACAGAAGCACCUGCUGGGAAACACAUCAUCGUCACCACUCGUUCUCACAGCAGUACCCUGGUAAAUGACUGCAUCAGUGCCUUGAACCCAGACAGUGUCAUCAGAGUUGGAGGAGCAGGAAAUAAGAUCAUUCAACUCAUAGAAGGCAAGGCAUCUGCUUAUGUAUUUGCCAGUCCUGGCUGCAAGAAAUGGGAUACAUGUGCACCUGAAGCUAUUCUACAUGCUGUGGGAGGCAAAAUAACUGAUAUCCAUGGAAAUUCAUUUCAGUACAACAAGGAAGUGAAACACAUGAAUUCAGCUGGGGUCCUUGCCACUUUGAGAAAUUAUGACUAUUAUGCCAGUCGUAUUCCUAACAAUGUUAAACAAUCUCUUGUGCCUUGAAGUAGUAAAGCAUCUUCACUUGGCCUGGAAGGUUGAGAAAGUGAGCUUCGAGAAAAAGAAAGGAGAUAACUGAGCCUGAAAUUUUGUUUUAUAGAAUCUGAACUGAAUUCUUACAUUGAGGUGCUCAAAAGUUUAAAAAUUACAUACAGAAUCUCUGGGUGUCUGUUGGAUCAGAUUGUUUUGCUUGUUAAGCAGACAACAUCAAAACAGUCACAUUUCUUCAAUAGUUGUUUUGAUAUUCCUUGGGAGUAUUCAUUCUUUGUCACUGUGCUUAAUAUAAUGCUAAACAUAGCACUUCAGACCAAAAAUCAUCUUAGUAUUCAGGGCACACAAUCAUGUUAAGUAAUUUGCCUGAUCUUGCUCAAUGUUUUUGUUGUAUGUAGUGAACAAGGGAUUAUUUUGUUAAACACAAAUGAACUAAGAAUUUGCCUGGAUGGAUUAGCUCAUUUAUUAUAAACUUUUUUGAUUCCUAGAA